GGGUAAAUCAUGGUUAAUCAGUGAACCGUCAGAACCAGCCGGAUUUUUGCGUGGUUUCCGCUUCGGUGCAUCAAUGAAAAACGACGCUGUGUUGCAAUCAGAAGGAAGAAGAACGAAGAAAUACCCCACUUCCUUUCUCUCACUCUCUGAAACCUAACCCUAAGCCCAGCCAGCCACCAUCACCGUCCCUCAUCGCCAAAUUCUUCUCCUCUGGUACAGGGUGCUCCCCGCCGGUGGGGACAAAACGUGGGUGCCGUCACACUCUUGUUGUCGCAGAACUCUUCUCAUCGGAUCGCCGAACUCUUCUUAGUUCUCAUCGCUCCUCUUCUCGUUGCCGUCGCACGAAGGACGCGUUGAUCCGGUGGCGUCGCCGUACCAAAGGUUGAUCGGUCGGUCGUCGUCUCUUCGAGCUCUCUCUCUGUCCGAGGCCAGCAUCCCUCUUCGAGCUGUCUGUUACUCUCUGUCCGAGCUCACUUCCCUCGUCAGUUGCCGUCACUUCCCAUUCCUCCGUGGCCGUCACUUGCCUUCCUCCUUGGCCGCCCACAGGAUAGGCCGGUCGGACUGGUCCAACCGUGAAUUGGCAGCAUUAAUGGUCCGGCCAGCCAUGUAAAACAGUGAUAAAAAAUUGGUGGAGAGCUGCUAAAUCGACCUAGAACCAGCUGGUUGGACCGGACAGGGAACCCGCCGGUUUGAAGGAAAUGGCGCCUUGUUGAAGUUUAAUGGGGGAAGAAAAAUGUGAAACCCUACCCAGCUACCUUAUCUUCUCCUUCUCUUCAGUUCAGACUUAAGAGUGUUGCCACCGAAACCCUAGCUUCUCCACCACCGCCACAAGGACUGCCGCCGUCCGUCAUGCUCAAGCACCACCGUCGUUGUCUGGUCGUCCGCCCUUUUUCCUCGUUCAACAAUCGCACCUCCUUCCUGAGCUCGGUGUCAGUCCCUGGUCUUCGUCCGCUCUAUUGCGCUCCUGCCACCGUCCGUCGCGCUCAAGCAUCACCGUCUUCGUCUGGUCGUGGUGCUUGAAGUUUCUAACCCACCAAUCGCAGCUUCUUCCUUGAGCUCGGCGUGUUGGAGUCUGCUCUUCGUUUGUUAGCCGCAGCUUCUUCCAACCCACCAUCGUCGUGCUCGUUGCCUAGCCUUCGUCUCCGGCGUGCUUCUGCCCCUCUGCUCAGACUGCUCAGAAGUCAGAACUAAGGUUAGGCUCCCUCAUCUCAUGUCUGUAUGUGUUCACUUCUCAAAUUGGUGCCCAUUUCCAAACUCAACCUCGUCUCGUUUCCAAGGUUCUUUCAUUGCAGAGAUGGCUUCACCAUGCACAUGCAACUCCCAUACACUUCCACAAGAGCAACAAACUUGGCACUUCCACUUCCUUUCGAUUUCGACGUUCUAAUCCGAGUUUGCAGGGACAUCAACAUCGCUAAGAGGCUUCACACUCUUCUCGUUGUGUUGGGAAAAGCUCAAGAUGUUGUUUUGUCAACAAAGCUGGUUAAUUUGUAUGCAUCCCUUGGGGACAUCACAUUCUCUCGCUCCACCUUCAACCAGCUUCAGAGGAAGAAUAUCUUUGCCUGGAAUUCAAUGGUGGCUGCUUAUGUUCGCAGCUGCCGGCGCCAUGAGGCAUUGAGCUGUUUCAAUGAAUUCUUGUUAGUAUCUGGUUUAAGGCCUGAUUUUUAUACCUUUCCACCUGUGUUGAAAGCUUGUGUGAAUCUAAUUGAUGGCAAGAAGAUACAUUGCUAUGUUGUGAAGUUGGGUUUUGAUUGGGAUGUAUUUGUGGCUGCCUCAUUGAUCAAUUUGUAUUCGCGGUUUGGUGCUUUGGAUGUUGCAUAUGAGCUGUUUGAUGAAAUGCCUGAUCGAGAUGUGGGUAUGUGGAAUGCAAUGAUUUCUGCGUUUUGUCAGAAUGGGAACGCUGACGAGGCAUUGCAUGUCUUGAAUAGGAUGAGAAGUGAGGGGCUGAAGAUGGAUCCUGUUACUGUGUCGAGCGUACUUCCUGUUUGUGCGCAGUCGGGUGAUAUUGUUAGCGGUAUGUUGAUUCACUUGUAUGUGAUAAAGCAUGGUUUGGAGAUGGACGUGUUUGUAUCAAAUGCUUUGAUCAAUGUGUAUUCAAAGUUUGGAAGGCUUGGUGAUGUGCAGAGGGUUUUUGAUCACAUGGAAGUUAGGGAUCUGGUAUCUUGGAAUUCUAUAAUUGCUGCAUACGAGCAGAAUGAUGAUCCAACUACAGCACUCGGGUUGUUUAAAGAGAUGCAGUUUGUUGGAAUUCAGCCUGACUUGUUGACAAUUGUGAGUUUGGCUUCAAUCUUUGGUCAGUUAAGUGAUCGAAGGAUAAGCAGUUCAAUUCAUGGAUUCAUUAUUAGGCAUGAAUGGCUUGAAAAGGAUGUUGUGAUUGGAAAUGCACUUGUGAAUAUGUAUGCAAAAUUGGGAGCUAUGGAUUGUGCUUGCACGGUUUUUGAACAACUUCCUGUUAAAGAUAUAAUAUCAUGGAACACUUUGAUCACAGGUUACACGCAGAAUGGUCUUGCAAGUGAGGCAAUUAAUGCUUUCAACAUGAUGGAAAAGUGUACAAAGAUAAUCCCCACCCAAGGGACAUGGGUGAGCAUUCUCCCAGCAUAUUCACAUGUUGGAGCUUUGCAACAAGGAAUGAAAAUUCAUGGAAGGUUAAUUAAGAACUGGCUCUACAAGGAUGUGUUUGUGGCUACCAGCCUAAUUGACAUGUACGGAAAAUGUGGGAGGUUAGUUGAUGGCAUGUCAUUAUUCACUGAAAUUCCACGGGAAACUUCAGUUCCUUGGAAUGCCAUAAUAUCAUCUCUUGGGAUUCAUGGGGAUGGAGAAGUAGCACUCCAACUUUUUAAGGAUAUGCUAGCUGAAGGGGUAGAGCCAGAUCAUAUCACAUUCGUAUCUUUGUUGUCGGCAUGUAGUCAUUCUGGGUUAGUGAAUGAGGGUGAACGCUGUUUUGAUUUGAUGCAGAAAGAGUAUGGAAUCAAGCCAAAUUUGAGACAUUAUGGUUGCAUGGUUGAUUUGCUUGGAAGAGCUGGAUAUUUGGAGAAGGCGUAUAAUUUAGUGAGCAGCAUGUCGAUGCAGCCUGAUGCGUCGAUCUGGGGUGCUCUUCUAAGUGCUUGUAGAAUACAUGGAAAUGUAGAUUUGGGUACCUUUGCUUCAAGUCGUUUGUUGGAAGUUGAUUCUGAAAAUGUUGGCUAUUAUGUUUUGCUAUCAAAUAUGUAUGCAAAUGUUGGCAAAUGGGAAGGAGUGACUAAAGUAAGAUCAUUGGCCAGAGAUCACGGUCUGAGGAAGAUUCCUGGAUGGAGUUCUGUUGUAGUGGGAAAUAUAGUUGAAGUCUUUUACACUGGGAACCAAACCCAUCCUAAAUGCACAGAGAUAUACGAGGAAUUAAGGGUUUUGGCUUCCAAAAUGAAGAGCCUCGGUUAUGUUCCGGACUACAGUUUUGUCCUGCAAGAUGUUGAGGAUGACGAGAAAGAGCAGAUUUUGAUGAGUCAUUGCGAGAGAUUGGCAAUGGCAUUUGGUAUUAUCAGCACCCCACCAAGAAGUCCCAUUAGGAUAUUCAAGAACUUGCGUGUCUGUGGUGAUUGCCAUAAUGCAGCUAAGUUCAUAUCCAAAAUUACUGAGAGGGACAUUAUUAUGAGGGAUUCAAAUCGCUUUCAUCACUUCAAACAUGGGAUUUGCUCAUGCGGUGAUUACUGGUAGUGUCGCUAAAGUUUGGGAGUUUGAGAAGGAUGUCCUUAAAUUAAGACCUUGUAUGACAAAGCAGGCUUUGGUUGCUCAUUGCAUUGUAAACUUUAUUUUUAUUGGUGACGAUCUACUUUGAUGUAAGAGUAUGGUCUUUUAGGAUUGAAAGAGAAUUGAAGCAGUGGUUAAGCCUAAUGAAGUCUUUUCUUUGCUCACACAGCAAGACAUCUGCAUGAUAGAGUUACUCCAAAUCUACAAAAUUUGUUGGCUGCUACGAAUAGUGAUAACUCCAACAACCGAGAUGGCACUACGAGACACACUUCACUUGGGAGAGGUGGCUUUGGUAGAGGAGCAUGCGACAGAGGCUGUGGUAAUUCUAGUAGAGGAGGUUACACCAAAAUCUGUUCCUUCUGCAACAAGGUCGGUCACUUGGUAGAUGUAUGCUACCAAAAGCAUGGGUUUCCUCCCCAUAUGAAGCAACAAUCCAAAGAAGUCAGCAUCAAUAAUAUGACUCCCAAAGAGAAAUGUGAUGAUAAAGGCAGCCUAACCUCAUCUCAGUUUGCAGAUAAUAAUAACUCCAAAGUUUCAUUAUCACUAGAACAAAGGCAACUCUUAAUGUCCCUCCUUCAACAAGAUGACACACAGCUUCAAGGUGCCAAUCCAAUUGAAGAGUGGCAUGAGAUGAGGGAGUCUAAUCUUCACAACACCAGCAUCAAAAUAGAUCAAUAUACAAUUAAAAAAAAAUUCCAAUUGACUUGCCUAUUACAGAUUAAUAUACAAUAAAGAACAAUCACAUAACCUUGGUGACAACUCAAAACACUAGAAUCAAAACAUAUCAAUAUACAAUAAAUAGUAAAAAAUCCAAGUGAUAGAAAUUAUAAAUUAACAGUGCGGUUUGUCUCUUUCUUCUCGUAGUUGAUGCAAAGCAUUGCUUGCAGCCACUAUAGCCACUCCCAAUUCCCAAGGAGUCAAGAACUCACUAUACUCUACUGGUGUGUGGUUCUCUCUGUACCUUCUAACACCAGAAGCAAAAUAAAAGCCGGAAGAAGCUUUGGUUUGGGGACAUGGCUUCUGGAUUGGUACUAUCACGUCCUGUUACUUUUGUAACUGGCAAUGCCGAAAAGCCUGAUG